AUGGCGCGGGCUGGUGAAGAAUUGGAACACCUCACAGGGCUGAGAUCGUUCUUAGCUUUGUGGAUUGUAUGUGGUCACUACAUGCCUGGCGCCUCUGCCGACGGAUCGCACAGAAGCGCGAACGUCUCGGCGAUCACGUGCCGUUCCUUUGCAGCGGUGGACCUCUUCAUCGUGAUGAGCGGUUACGUCACCCAUUUGGCCUAUGGGAAUCGUUUGCGCAGUGAAAGCUUGAGCCUGCGGCGCUACUAUCUGCUACGCAUGGCUCAUAUCCUGAUCACCAGCUAUGUGGCGAUGCUUUGGAGUUUGCUGGUGGUCUUGGCGGUGGAAGAAUAUCGAGACAGUUUUUUGCCCAGCAUCUCGACGCUGCUGGGCUGCUUCGGCUUCGUCCAGCACUGGAUUCGUCCGGCCACGUGGUGUCCGGCACCGCCCAGCUGGACCAUCGAGGCCUUGCUGCCCAGUUGGCUGCUCUAUCCCUUCCUCAGGAUCCUUGUGGCACGACUGGAAGGACGACCUGGAGCACUAGUGAUGUGGAUGUUGGUGGUCUAUGCCAUCUCUUUUGGACCACUCCUAUCUCUCUAUUUGCUUCAGGAUGGACACCUCAACUGGGGACAGUUUGCUACAACCUUCAUGUGGCCUCCCGCGCAGCUCCCAGAUUUUGCCCUGGGCGUCUUAGCCUCAGAGCUCAGCGCCGCCCUUCCCAGUUGCAGCGGGUGCAGCGGCUGGUGCCGAGCGAUGCUGGGUGAUGCGGCGCUGUUGGGCUUCGCAGCGGCAGUGGUGAUGCUGCCAUCUCCGAGCACGCAUGCGGAAUGCCAGACUGACAGCAACGUCUUACUGACGCAUGGAGGUUCCUUGGCCAUCGCCCUCUUCAUCUUCGGCAGUGCAUCUGGAAGCUGUUUGGCCUAUGUCUUACGUCAUCCAGCCCUUGUAUCGCUGGGGAAGUACAGCUUCGAGGUCUAUUUGUUCCAGUGGCCUUUGCAGGCUCUCUUUCGGCGCCUGUGUGCCGAGAUGGAAGCAGAGGCACGAAGACGAAAGCAGCUGAGUAUGCAGGCAGCCAUUCAAGAGAAGACCCAGGAGCUUGAGAGGCUGACCUUUCAGCUGAACUCAUUGGAGCGCGUGGAGAGGGAACAACAGGUUCUCAUCGAGAAGCUCAGCCAGCUUCACAUUGAUGGAUCUCCAACGCCAGGCCGGAACUCCAGCAACGCGGGCUGUGCGGGCUCGCUCGAGGAUCGCAUCCUGCUGGCGGUCUGGGGCCGUGUCUUCGACGUGAGCAGCGGGAAGGAGUUCUACGGCGAGGGCCAGAGCUACCAACUCUUCGCAGGGCAUGACUGCAGCAAAGCCUUUGCGUUGACCCUUCGCCAGGAAGGGCUUCUGGAUCAAGGUUUGGAGGAUCUCACCCCGGAGCAGCUCAACCACUUGAACCGGACCUACUGGGAAACCUACAUUGCCAAAUACCCGGUGGUGGGUCGAUUGGAGGAUCCCCCGUACCGCGCGGCCGACUACGAUCGCUUCGAGCAAGGGCAUCGCUACUAG